GCAAUCAAUCAUCAGUUCACUUCGGUAGCUUCAUAGUUCAAGUUCUUACAUUCAAGUAUCCAACACAACUCAAAACCUUCACAAUGAAAUCCUUCGUUUGCAUUGCUCUCUUCGCUGCCGUCUUCGGCGUUGCAUUGGCUGGUCCAUCUGGUAGUGCCGUUGCUGGUGUACAGGAUGCCGAAGCCGAACAAGGCGUGCAAGGUGCCUACGAAUUGAGCCGUUUCCGUAAGUCCGCUUAUGGUGGUGGUGCCGCUGCCGCACCCAGCAUUCCAGCACCUCCCUGCCCAAAGAACUACCUGUUCAGCUGCCAACCUAAUUUGGCGCCAGUCGCUUGUGCCGCUCCAGCUGCUGCUCCAUCAUACGGCUCAGCCGGUGCCUACUCAGCACCCAUCCCAACUUACGUGGCUCCUCUGCCAGCUGGCUACACUGGUGUGGGCUACAAUCCCAAUCAGUACUAUCAAUAUUGAGGAGGCGCUGUGUGAAUCUUGAAUUGGCCAUGGACUUGCGAUAAAUCGAAUUGGAAGGAGUACAAGUGGAGUUUUAGUCAUUUAGUUGUAUUUAUAAGUCAUUUGAAAUAGUCGAAAAAUUAAUAAAAAAAACAUGAUUUUUUAAUGUAAA